CACUUCCUGUUUAAGGUUAGCACUAUUUAAAAGAAACCAUGCCUAUCAUUUAACCACAGAGCUCAUCUGUGAACACUUGCUGUCAGACAUUAGAGAGAAAAAUGGAAUUAGAGGACAUUUAUGAAAAUGUUGAAAACAAUGAUAUUGAGGACACAACUAAACCUCGAACACUGAAUCACAGCCAGGAUGAAGGAAAAGAUCAAAAGUGCAGAGGAAGCAGGUGUUUGGUGUUGAUGACAGUGUGUCUCGGGAUCAUUUGUGUUGUUCUGCUGGUCUUCAUCAUAGCGCAGCACAUCUCCAACACAGCAGAGAGAGAAUCUCUGUUCAAGAGUAACAAGAACACAGUCCAAGAGUUCAAUCAGACCAUCAACAGCUUACAGGACAAUUACACUGAACUAAUGACUGAAAAAGACCAACUGAAGAACAACUUCAACUCUCUGAGUCAGAAGAAACUGGAGUUAGAAACUGAACUAAGGAAGUUAUAUGAACAAUGCAAAUGCAGGUUUAACAUAUCCAGUGAGUUGAAGAGCUGGGCUGACAGCAGGAAGUACUGCAGGGAUCGAGGAGCUGAUCUGAUCAUUAUCAACACUGAAGAGAAGCAGAGGUUCAUAUCUUCUUUAGUCAAAGAGUUUGUGUGGAUUGGUUUGACUGACAUUGAGAAUGAGGGUGACAUGAAAUGGGUGGAUAAUUCACCACUGAGACAAGGAUUUUGGGAAAUAAAUGAGCCGAAUGAUGCAGGUGGAAAUGAGGACUGUAUUGAACUGAAUCCUGCAAAACCUGUCCUGAACAACUGGAAUGACAUCCCAUGCUCAACGAUGAGAAAAUUUGUUUGUGAAAAUUAACAUCUGUUCCUUCAUCUUCAUGAUAGUUUUGACUCAUAUCUUCCUUCAUUAGUAGAUCAGUAGUCAUCAUUUCUGAUGAAGGUUACUAUCAGCAUUUCAUAAAAUAACAAACUUUAGGAUUACAAUUUUGAUGUAAUUUUCAAAACAAAGAGUAGCUAUAAAGAUGUAUUUUUUUAGAAGACAAGAUUAAGUAUUUUUUUCCUUACUGCAAAAUUAAAUAAAUGGCAAUGUUCUGUUUCUCAUAUUUUUCUGAAAUACUAGUAAAUCAUAGUAAAUGACAGAAGUCUAAAGUUUCCCUGAUUUGCACUGUUAUUCUUAUACUGAAACUGUGAUUAUUUUCAGUUGAAUUGGUUCCCUUUAAAUUAAAUGGUCACUUUUACUUUUACAUUAUUAGCAUUGUAAACCCACAGCAUUUUUUUGUUGUUGUUUUGAGGACUGUACCUGUGUCAUGUUUUUUUUUUUUUUUUUUUUUGUCAAAAAAGGUCCAGUCAGAACUGAUGUCCUGGCUGAGAUUUGAAUUGUAAUGUGCUGAUCUACCCGGCAGGACAUAAGUUGGCAUACACUUGCUGCAUAAAAACGCUCAAAAAUGUAAACCUCUGGGAGAGAGACAUAAAUCUGAAAAAGGGUGACGACUAGAGAUUGACUCAUUUAUUGGUUUUAUCAUUUAAUCGGCACCGAUAGUUGAUCAGUGGAACAAUCGGUUAUCUGCAAAAAUCCUUGCAGAUAGUUUUUCCGGGUUGCGUCCGUUGCAAGAGCUAUAUUAGGAGACUGGAGCAUAGA